AUGGGAAGAUGGUUAGGGUCGGAGUUCUGUAGGGCUGUGAACGUGGGUCCGUGGGAUGGGUUGUCACAGAGAAUGGAGUCUGAGGGUUGUGUGCGUGACCAUGUUACUUAUAAUAUACUCGUACACGAGUUUGCUCGAGGAGGGUUGCUUAAGAGGAUGGAGAGAAUGUAUCAGAGCUUGAUGUCGAGGAAGAUGACUCUGGAGCCUGUUACAUUAGUGUCAAUGCUUGAAGCUUAUGCAGAGGUUGGGGUGUUGGAGAAGAUGGAGGAGGCGUAUGACAAGAUUCUGAGGUUCUCGAGGCUCGAUGAUUUGGGUCGUGCAUACUCGAAGAUGGGAGAUUUCCAGAGCGUUGAACUGUUACUCUCCGAGCUACAGAGGAGGAGAGGUGUGAAGCCUGAUCUUGUGACUCUAGGAAUCGUCUUCGACUUGAGUGAAGCUGGGUUUGAUGGUACUGGAGUUUUUAUGAUAAGCCUGUGGAGAUGA